AGAAAUAUAACCAAUGUAGGCACAGUACAGUAACAGCAGACUUGUUUGUAAUUUUAGCACCAGUAGCUUAGUCUUUGUUUUGCGGGCGACGGUGAGUCAGUGCAACCAGGGAAUUCAGCUCGGAAAUAGUGAUAAUCAACAGAUUGACGUUGACAGAGAAGGGGGUCAUCGUUCAGUCUGCUCUCGCGUCAGCAGGGCAGGGAGUAGCCGUGUCCGUCCGUGCGCUACGUAGAAUUUUAAGCAGACUAUAUAAGAUAUGGAAGAAGAUAUAUUGCCAUCAACUUCCCAAAGUAAUAGCCGUCAAGAAUUGCUUAAUAAUAAUAAGCAAGGGGCACGUCCAAAAAUCUGUAGAAGCCGACCUCAGAAAAAUACACAAAAUGCGUUUUUUAUUCAAGGAAGGCCAUGGAAGGCUCAGGGCCGUCAUUUCCGGCCUAAACCCUUGACUGGAUCAAAUGGGCCAUAUAAUAAAAUAACAGGUGCCCCAAAUAGAACUACAUCAAAUGAAGUACGACAAAUAGAACCUCAUAAAAACCAUGAUUAUAGACCUCGUUUAUCUCAGUUUGAUACUUUGGAAGCCUUAGCUAUAUGUGAGGACCAGGACAUUCUAGGGAACUUAAAUCAGCGACGAAACUUUUUUACCAAUUUGUUUCUUAAACCUACAGCGAUAAAUAAACCAGAUAUAUUCGUACUCAUUUUAAAAAUAUUAUCUAAAGUUUGCCUAUCUUCCUUCGAUGAUUUAAAGUUAAAAUUGCUGAUAAGUAUUUGCAAUGAUACAUGUGUCAUGCAGUUACGAAACUACUUAUCUGAUUUACCAGAUUGCAGAGACAAAACAAAAAAUAGUUUAUAUUGGAAGAAUCAACAUGCGUUCUGGAAAAAUUUUAUUCUAUUUCUUGACACUAUGGUGAGCUUAUCUCCAUCAAUAGCUCUAAAGAGAUAUCGCUCCUUGAUUUGUAAAGAUUCAAGAAAUUGUUUAAAUGAAUUGAACGCCAAACAUGCAUUUAAAUUGCCAGACGAGGACAUUCUUAUACUUGAGGGACUUCAAGAAAAACUAUUCCAGUAUGAAAACCAGCAUUCGGAAAAUAAGACACAAGCCAACAGAAAUGUCGAAAAUAACAUAGAUGUGGAUGAACCUCCGGAAAACUUCCGGGAGCUUCCAGUCAUUCCAAAUCAUCAUCACCUCAUGAGGCGUCCUUAUCUGCGUCCAAACAUUGUAGAAGGCGAAUACCAAGAUGUUGAACAUUAUUUGGACGUACAAUUUCGCUUACUACAAGAAGACUGCUACGGCCCACUUCGUAAAGGAAUAAUUCAGUACUUAGAAGAUCCUACGAGGGGAAAGUUCGAUAACAUACGUGUGUACAAGAAUAUUAAAUUCCGUGGACCAUAUGUGUCGGAAUCCAAAGUAGGCGUUAGUGUAGCGAUUGACCACAAGUCCAACAAAAGGUUUUUUAAAAUUAAUUGGGCCUCAAGUAAGCGACUUCUCUAUGGCUCCUUGGUGGUCAUAUCUAAGGACAACUUUAAGCGAUUUAUAGUUGCGACAGUACUGGAAAGAGAUGAAUUUCUAUUGUCCCGUGGACUGCUGCCUGUUUGCAUCAUCAACAAUGAUUACGAUGGAAAAUUAAGCGGUGAUGAAACAUACACUAUGAUUGAAAGCGAAGUUUAUUUUGAACCUUACUACCAUGUACUGAAGGUUUUCCAGGGUCGAAGAUUCCCUCAGCAUUUAGCUAUGCAGGACUACAUUGUCAAAGCGCGACCUUUGCAAAAUCCUCCAAAAUAUUUAACAAAGGAUACUCAAUACGAAGUUACAUUGAUGGAUCACGAAGUAAACCUAACAAAUUUAUCAAAAUUUACUGUUCUGAAUGAGGAGACGUGGCCCUCUGCAGAUCAGUUAGGUUUGAAUGAAAGUCAGUACCAAGCAUACAAAUUAGCUUUGACGCACGAAUUCACUGUAAUCCAAGGGCCACCUGGAACGGGGAAAACUUACAUCGGCACGAAAAUUGCACAAACAUUAUUGAAAAAUUUAAAUCUUUCAAUUCUUGUUGUAUGUUACACAAACCAUGCACUCGAUCAAUUUUUGGAAAAUAUUUUAUCAUGUACUGAUUCCAUAGCUCGUGUCGGAAACAGAUCUAAGAAUAAAGCAAUGGAGGAAUUAGCUCUGCAACAGUGGCGAAAAAAGAUUCGACAACUUCCAAGUUAUACAUUAUACAAAGACGAGAGAGAAAAUUUUAGAAGGAUUGUCAAUGGAAUGAAACAAUUGCAGAAAUACAUUGAAUCGUUGGAUACUGGACUCCUCAGUUAUUCCAGCAUUACGCCCUAUGUUCCAGAUAGCCACAUUCUCAGGAAAGUUUAUAUCAAUUAUAAUGACGAUAUUAUAACAAACUGGCUGUUCGAGCGCUUGCCUAAUAUAACGUUGACUCCAGAAGAGGAAGAAAAAAUCUCUAUGUACGUUGAUGUGGAUACUCCUCAAAGAAGUCAUAUAAACUUGGAUGAGGAUUUAAAUGAGGAUAUUGAUGUUGAAGAUGUAUUUGAUCUAGACAUUAAAUUACUUCAGUCAUUUAGCCUGGACAGUGCGUAUAAAAGAUUGAAGUAUUUGAAAUCCAGUAUCGAGAAAAACAAACGAUCAGAAUAUACGAUAGAAUUAGAAAUGGAAUUAGCCACAUUGAAUGCAAAAAUUCAUUUAUAUAAAGCCAUGAGGAAUCAAUACAUCGAUGACGGGAGAGUAUAUACCCUCAAAGGUAAAAAUGUGGCGCGAAUGUCUAACGAAGAACGAUGGUCUACUUAUUUCUCGUGGACUAAAGUUAUUCUCAAUCGUUUACAAGAAAAAUUCAAUAUUUUAUAUGGAGAGUAUGAAGCAAACUACAAUUCCUUCGAAGACGCUCGCAUGAAUUGGGAUCGAGAGGUACUUCAACGUGUGAGAGUCAUUGGAAUGACCACGACAGGAGCAGCACGCAUGCAUAAAACCUUACAAGAACUAAAGCCUGCCAUUGUGAUUGUAGAAGAAGCAGCCGAGGUACUGGAGCAGCACAUUACUUCAUCUUUAACUUCAAACUGCCAACAUCUGAUACUCAUUGGUGACCAUCAACAGUUACGUCCAUCGGCCGCUUAUAUGAAACUAGCCAGAGAAUACAACAUUGAGGUCUCUCUCUUCGAAAGAAUGAUUAAAAACAACGUUUCUAACACAAGAUUGAGCGUCCAGCACCGCAUGCGACCUGAGAUCGCGUCGCUUAUCGUGCCGCACAUCUACCAAGAGCUGGCCAACCACCCUGAAGUCGAGAACAAACCAAAUGUUAGAGGCGUCUUACAUAAUGUGUUUUUCCUUUCACACAACUUCUUAGAACAAGAAGCAGACGAGGGAUCUAGCCGCACCAAUAGAGAUGAAGCUGAUAUAGCUCUUGGCUUGGCAAAUUAUUUAAUUCAACAAGAUUAUGCUCCCACAGAUAUUACAAUACUUGCAGCGUACUCUGGACAGAUGUUUUACAUGAAAAAGCAAAGAAAUUUAUAUAGACACUUGUCUAAUGUAAAAAUAACCGUCGUCGAUAAUUAUCAAGGAGAAGAAUCAAAAAUAAUUAUUCUUUCCCUGGUAAGGAAUAACAUGGAAAAUAAAAUUGGAUUCCUUUCAACUGAAAACAGAGUAUGCGUCGCUUUAUCAAGAGCCAAGGAAGGCUUUUUUAUGAUUGGAAACAUCGAUAUUCUGAGGAAAAACUCCGAAUUGUGGGAGAAAAUUGCUUCAACUCUGGAAAAUAUGGGUUCGUUGGGAAUAAGUUUUAAAUUAAAAUGUGAAAUUCAUCCAAUUCAAGUAACAACAAUCGAAACAGUUCGAGAUUUUGAGAAGGUUCCUGAAGGAGGUUGUCUUUUAAAAUGUGGCUAUAUCUUAGAUUGCAAUCAUAUAUGUCCUCAAAUAUGCCACGUCUAUGAUAGAGCGCAUAAAACUAUCCGCUGUGCCGAAAAAUGUGAAAGGGUACUAUGUGAGUUCAAUCAUGUAUGCCCUAAAAAGUGCAAAGACACUUGUGGCCCGUGCAUGGAACCUGUUGAGAAGAGGCUACCUUGCGGGCACGACAUGUUUUUACCGUGUCACCAAGACCCAGGCGAUGAGGCAGUCAAGUGUUUGGUCAGCGUGCAUGUAACACUGCCAAAUUGUGGACAUGAAGUAAGGAAACCCUGCCAUAUGAAUAUACGCGAAGUAAAAUGCAUUAUUAAAUGUAUAUUCAGAGUUCAACGUUGUGGACAUGUAUGUAUGCGCUCAUGCCAUGUUACUGAUGACCCUGAUCAUGAAAAGUAUGUUUGUUAUAAACCAUGUGCAAAGGCUAAUAGAGAUUGCACAGCUGAAUUGCAAGGAGAUCGUGGCCAACAUCAAUGCCCCAAAAUUUGCUACGAAACGUGUGAUCCCUGCAACGUUAAGGUUACGAAAAAAAGGUCUACAUGUAAACAUUCGGAAGUGGUGGAAUGCCAUCAAGAUGUUAACGCCACACGUUGCCCCAAAAAAUGUGCACGCAUGCUACCUUGCGGUCACUUCUGCCGCAAGAAAUGUUACGAGAAAUGCGGAGAUUGUUCCACAAUGAUGGUGAAGAGAAUCCCUGAUUGCAAUCACGAAGUGAAGAUAGAGUGCGGCAAGACUCCGAGCCGAGCCGAUUGCACCGCUGCAUGUGAUCGCAUGCUGGACUGCGGGCAUCCGUGCCCAGCGCCGUGCAACCGGCCGUGUCUGUCAUCGGACUGCAAAGCAUUUUCUACAACCACUUUCCCAUCCCCUUGCGGACACCAAGUCCGACUGCCGUGUAGUAUCGCGGCGAAAUGGACCACUUUUGAGAAGCAAGCUCAAGGCAAACUGCUUCUACAACACUGCGCGGAACCAUGCAAUCAGACUCUGCAAUGUGAUCAUGCAUGCAGUGGCACUUGCUCUCAAUGCCUCCAAGGUCGCAUUCACAUGCCUUGCAACCAAACUUGUCAAAAAACCAACGUUUGCGGCCAUAGAUGCGAAGAGCCGUGCAGCAAAGUCUGCCCUCCGUGCAACAAGCCUUGUGAAAUAAGUUGCGACCAUUCCAAGUGCAACAAGCCGUGUGGCUCACCUUGUUCGCCGUGCCAGGAGAAGUGUACUCGAUCGUGUCCCCACGGCGCCUGCGUGAACCGCUGCGGGGAGCCGUGCAGCCGCGCCGCGUGCGCCGCCCGCUGCGCGCGCGCGCUGCCGUGCGGCCACGCCUGCCGCGGGCUGUGCGGCGAGCCCUGCCCCAACAUCUGCAAGCUCUGCAAACCAGACUCCUUCCCCAAGGACUUCCUUGGAGACGACUACGAUGAUGACGCCAGGUUCAUUCAACUACAAGAUUGUCCACACGUUUUAGAAGUAGAUGACAUGGACAACCUUAUGAUGGGAGACCUUGAAACAGUCUCUAUUCGGGCCUGUCCAUUUUGCCGCAAAAGCAUCAUCAACACACACCGUUACAAAGAUUUGAUCAACACCCAAAUCCAAACGGACAUCAACCAUAUAAAACGAAAAAUAUUCGGAGAUGAAAAAAAAAUUCAAGAAAAAAGGGAAGAAUGUUCGCAAAUUAUUACAAAUUUGGCCAAUAUAGGUAUUACCGUAUAUACCAAAGCUAGGAAAGUCGGUUCACAAAUUAAACGGAAUGCUUCAUUACUAGACCUGGAAAUGAAGGUUGUAUAUUUUAACAUCCUGGAAAUUAUCGGAGAAUAUUACUCAACUUAUGCUAAUGAUAAAAUAACCGCGUUUAUGCCUGAAAUUUUAGAAGAAGUACAAAUUAUUUGCCAAUCGCUUAUCAGAAACCCUUACAAGGUCAGUGAACAAAUGCAAGCCGACAUCAACGGCGAGUUGAACCGCAUGUCCUCAUUAAUUACAAUUGCCCAGGUUGUAAGUCAUCCUACUUACAAGAUGCUCAAACAUCUACCGGAAGUUGAGAGCGCGUUGGCUACGGCUCAAGAUGUAAUACUUACUUGGCAAACAUUUGAUAGCGAGUUGGCCAAAAGUUCAAUUAGAAAUCUUCAAAAGAUAUUGAAACAAUCAAAUGCAGUGGUUACUCAAAUAGAAAGACAGAUGAUUGUAAAAGCAAUGGGUGCAACCAUAGGUCACUGGUUUAAAUGUCCCAACGGCCAUUGUUAUUACAUAGGCAAUUGUGGUGGUGCGACUCAAAUUGGAAAAUGUAAUGAAUGCGGCGAGGCUAUUGGAGGAACGAAUCAUCGACUUUUGUCAAGUAACAGACAUAAUGGAGAAAUAGAUGGCUCCCAAUAUCCCGCAUGGUCUGAGCAAGCAAAUAUGGCCAAUUACGAAAUAAAUUUUUGAAAAGAAUUUAAGCCCGGUACGAGGUAGGUACCUGACGAGGCUAAAAACCUAGCAUACACCCUUUUUGUUUUUUUUUUAUUUAAGUUCGUUACGUGAUGUUUUCGCUUGCAAAUGUUAUUUUCUUUGUUAGUUCAUGAAUUGAAGCUAACAGCCAUGUACCUAACUUUUCUUCGACACAGAGAUGACGUUACAGCUCUGAUAUUGAAUUUUAUUAAUUUUAAGUACCUAAUCAAUUAAUAUUUUUUUUUGCAUCUGGAAUAGUAAAAUGAAGAAACGGUUAUUUUUGUUUGGGGUCUUGAAAUAAAUUAAAUGUUGUCAUUCGUUUCUUAUGUACCUUAAAAUACCUUAAAAUAUUUAAUACCUAUAGAAUAUCUAUUUUUAAAAUGGUCACAAUAUAAGUAAGGCGCUAAUUUUAAAUGUAAUUCGUAGUUCUACGCCAAAAGAAAAUAAAGUAGGUAAAGCUGCAUUAUUUGCUUAGAAAACCAUAUUCUAUAGGUUUUUAUUUGAUAUUCUACAUAUAUUAUAAAAAUAAAUUGUUUUCUAUUCCUACGUUCUUGUAUACUAAACAUUGUUUUAAAUAAAUGGCUUGCAAAGUUAUAAGUACUA